AUGCUCGCCUCGCUCCUUCUCUCCAGUGCCGCUGCGCUGCGCGUGGGCCCGCCUCUCGCCUCGAGGCGCGUGGUUGCGAUGCGCCAUCAGCCGCUGCGAGGCGCGGUGAGCGGGCCUCUCUCGGGCGUUGUACCGCCGGGUACGGUGCCCGACGGCCGCGCUGGCAUCAUCCUCUUCGAUGGGGUGUGCAACUUUUGCAACCGCUGGGUCACGUUCGUGCUUGACAACGACCCAGGCGGGCUCUUCUGCUUCGCUUCGCUGCAGUCGUCGCGUGGUCGCGAGCUGCUGCAGUCGUGCGGCCGGUCCGCAGACGAUCUCUCCACCUUCGUGGUGAUCGACAGGGACGGCUCGUUCUACACGCAGUCGUCCGCUGCCCUCCGCGUGGGUCAGGUACUGCAGAGACCGGCGCUCAACGUGCUCGCGAGCAGCCUCGUGUCCGUGCCGGCGCCCGUGCGCGACGGCGUCUACCGUCUCGUGGCGGAGAAUCGGUAUAAGAUUCUGGGGAAAGACGAGAGCGGCGAGGGGCCGAGCUGCAAACUGCGCGCCGACGCAGCAACAGCCGUGGAGCGCUUUCUCGAGUGA